CAGAUAUCCUAUAAGUUUCUUCCUUGUAUCAGUCCGCCAAAAACCUCCCUAUCUUCAACGGCCAACCAACUUCCAUUCGUUCAUGGCCUUCCCUUUAUCCUCUCCCCCUCUCACUUUCUCCCACAAGCUCUCGUUCACUUUCUCCACAACUCCAAACCGCGCUUUCCUGUCCACCCGUUUCACCUUUCCUCUCAGCAGAAAACAAUCUGCAAGAUUUGGCCACCUCAGGGUUCAAUGCAAGUCUAAACAUGAUGACUCAACGGAACUGGAGUACUGGCAUAGUUUCCCUACCAAAUUGUGCAUAUCAACUUUUGGAAAUGGGAUGAAAAAAGCUAAGAAUCUGAUUGCUGCUAUCUUCAUUUUUGUCCAAAUUUCAUCUCCGUUAUGUAUGAUUGGCUGGGAACUUUGUUCUGUUUCUCCUGCAAAGGCAGUGCUUUAUUCUCCUGACACCAAAGUCCCAAGAACUGGGGAAUUAGCUUUAAGAAGGUCUAUCCCUGCGAAUACAAACAUGAAGGCAAUACAGGCUUCUUUGGAGGACAUAUCAUUCUUGCUAAGGAUUCCACAGAGAAAACCUUAUGGAACCAUGGAGGGUAAUGUGAAGAAAGCUUUGAAGAUGGCUAUGGAUGAAAAGGACUCUAUAGUGGCUAGUAUUCCAGCAGAUCUGAAAGAAAAGGGUUCUGAACUGUAUGCAUCUCUCAUUGAUGGGAAGGGCGGAUUGCAAGCGCUCCUAAAAUGUAUUAAGGACCAGGACCCAGAUAAAGUAUCUGUUGGCCUUGCAUCUUGUCUGGAUACUGUUGCAGAAUUGGAGUUGCUACAGGCUCCUGGAUUGUCCUUUUUGUUGCCUGAGCCAUACUUGAAAUAUCCAAGGCUAACAGGGAGAGGAACUGUUGAAUUUACCAUUGAGAAAGGAGAUGGUUCAACAUUUUCCCCCCAAGCUGGUGGUGAAACGAGGAAAACUGCCACAAUCCAAGUUGUUCUAGAUGGAUAUUCAGCACCACUAACAGCUGGGAAUGUCGCUAAACUGGUGAUUGAUGGGGCAUAUGAUGGGACAAAAGUCAGUUGCACUGAACAAGCAAUUCUUACAGACAGGGGUCUUGAUAAGAACAGCGGUUAUAGUGUUCCUUUGGAAAUAAAGCCAUCUGGACAAUUUGAGCCCUUGUACAAAACAACUUUAAGUGUGCAGGAUGGUGAAUUGCCAGUUCUUCCACUAUCUGUUUAUGGAGCCGUUGCUAUGGCACAUAGUGAAGUCUCCGAUGAGUACUCAGCGCCAUAUCAGUUUUUCUUCUAUUUAUAUGAUAAAAGAAAUGCUGGCUUAGGUGGGCUAUCUUUUGAUGAAGGGCAAUUUUCAGUUUUGGGAUACACAACAGUAGGGAGAGAAAUUCUGCCACAGAUAAAAACUGGGGAUGUGAUUCAAACUGCAAAGCUAAUUGAAGGCAAAGAUCGCCUUGUUUUGCCAGAUGAGAGUUGAUCAGCUCAUCUUCCAUUUUUGUUUUUAAAUUUGAUUAGCUGUAUGUGUAUGAUUUUCUUGGUGCAAGCAAGUUGUGCUAUAAUUAGAUUUAAAUGUUCUUUGUAAAAUUGCAUUAUCAAACAAACUUGAAGAAAAUGAUUUUGCACAA